GGCUGACUUGAGCUAAUAGGCGACGGUUAGGCUGGACGGGAUGAUGGAGAAGAAAGGCUCCGUGCUGAUCCGGCAAAGGCAGCCUCCGCGACGCCACACGUGCGCAGUGGGGCAAGUCAACGGUCUUCAGGUAAGCCGAAGACAUCGGGCACUCGAAUGCUCGGGCAGCAGCGUAGGAAUAGAAGACACAGGGUCAUGUUUUAGCUCGCGGGCGGGCGGACGCAGCCGGUGGAAGAGAGACAUGGCAGCAUUGAAACGAACGGGCAUUGGGGACUAUUGGGACAGCUGGCGUCAGGAGCGAAGCUGCCAUGGGCGAAUGGCAGAGUGGGUCGCGUCAGUGGCGCAAAAUGUCAUUGGUAUGUAGCCGGGGUGCGUCAGGCAUGAAGCAGCAGGUCUCCCGCCGCGCA